AUGUCGCAUUCAUAUCGUGAUGUUUUCCAGACCUUUUCCGCGUAUCGGAAGGGAUCGCCUCCAGUUACGUCUGAUGCUGACCGUUCUCUCGAGUUCCCUCGCAGACCUGGCUCUCAGCACAGACCGACGUCGAAAUGCCAAUCGGUAUCCCAAACAACCAAUGUCAGAUCAGACAAGGAAACUUCAUCGCUGCCUCUAGUUUGGGUUGAAGUCCGAGACAACGUUAUCCCGCCUCACGCUGUUCCAUUCGCCUUGGACAGUCACGGACCUCUUUUCAUAGCCCGAGCUUAUCUAGAGGGAGCAUUUUUCCUGGGCAAGGCUGGUCCUCAGCUCACUAGCGGUGCUAUCAUUAGCUACGGAAGUUUAGAAAUAACGGUGACCCGGUAUGAUGUACUCGUGUGCGCCGGACGGCUGAGUUGGGAGAUUCCAUAUUCUUCUGGGACAAGCUUUAUGCGCCAGGACACCGUCAUCACAAAAUAUCGCAUCAAUCACGGUCUUGAACAAGCUCUCACGUAUCAUCAGGAUAUUCCUGAAAACGCCCAUAAUUCCGCAGAUAAUCACAACAAGGUCGAUAACAACCAGCGUUCGGUGACUCCCGAUCCCGACCCCACCAUCGUCGCAUCGCAUACCAGGGCCCGCAGCAACUCUACAUAUGGCCUUUCGUCAAAAGAAUCUUUAGAUGUUGACAUAUUGAAAGCUCGCGACACUUUCGUUCCCCUGAAAUCUCCUCUUGAGCUAACGGAACGGUCACGAUCACUCCCUCCCAGAGCAAGAAGAUCAGCUGAGUCAAGCUUUGAUGCUAGGGCGGAACUGGGUACUUUUCGGUGUGACAGUGCACAAAGCGCUGAUGUUACUACGGUCAUUACGUCCGCUACUCACAGGUCUGAGCAUGCACCGGUGUCCCGCCCAAGUGUGGUGACGUCAUCGAAACCUCGAGUCCGUCUUGAUUGCGCCAGUCAAGGGUCGUACAGGCUUCCUACCGUGGCUAGUGCUGUUGAAUAUUCCGCAUAUGAGCGAGGCACUCCAGUCGGUUCGUUCGCUGGAUCCGAAAUCACAGGGUUCCGCGAGGUAGUGAAUGUCGAUGGAUGGAGUGCAUACAGCAGUUCACCUCGUGAACCUCCAGCUCAAUCGGUACAUGCUGGCUUUGCCCAAGAUGUUUCACCGCGUCGAAGAUACUCAAACACUGGUAUAGCUCCUUCCACGCCUGUAAAUCACCACACAAACCAGUUCUUGUCGACUUCGGCAACGAGCCACUCAUUGGCAAGCAAUGUCCUUGAUUCUCGAUUCACCAAUACUCCCAAUCCUUCGUCGAAGGACGAUUCUCAGUUCACCCCCACGCAUUAUUCAUUUUCCUCACACCAAGUGUUGAGUGAUUCGCCACUGUCUCAACCAUCUACAGUUUUCUCUCGUGGUACUUGGGCGGGCACCCAAGGAAGCCUUGCUUUGUGUCUCUGCAUCCUCGACGACGUCAAUGACACGAACAAAUAUCAGUCAAAACUGGCCAACUGUCCCGUACACCCUCCCGCAGACACGAUCGGCAUCUCUGCCAAUUUGAGCGAUUUCGGGCAUGUCGAUCAGUAUGAUCAAUGGGCAUCUCCUGUUGCCAAAACACAUGUAUGGCAACGUGGCAUGCAAUACCAGAAAUCUCACUUGAAGGAUAGCCCAAGUCACAUUCCGCAAUCUCCUACAUUUCUAUCCACCAAUUCACCACCAGCCCAGAGCUCUCUCGCCGGUGAUCAUACAGAUAUUGAUCUACGUUCGACUCAUUACUCACGCCAUGACGUGCCAAAGAGACCCGCCGAGACGUCAUCCGAGGACGAAAACAUGACUGUCUCGGAGCAUGUGUGUGGCUGUGAGUCAGAGCAUGUAUGCGACUCCGAGCAUUGGCAGCUUGUCUCCGGAACAACCUUUGGCGUCGAAGCACAAACUUGUGAUGGUACUGGAAGCGAUGUAUUUACCAGCGAGCGUCCUGCGCCAAUCACCAUUAACCCGUCGAACGCUGGGAUCGUGACGAGUGAAGUCAAACUUCUGCCUCACCCUAUGCCGCUCAUAACCUCUGCAUCUCAAGUAGCUGGAGACAGCAAACGGGAGCACAGUCGUGCCGUAGUGCAGGAGAGCACCCUUGAACGGGAGCUCGUUCAAGAGAAUCGAGUCGCAGAUCCUGCAGUAUCCCAAACUAUAGGCAUGGGGGAGUCAACAUCGGUUGUUCCCUCUCGCGGAACCCUGGUAACUGAAGAAUGUGCACCAUUGUCGACUGUCACAUGUAGUCCAAACUCACCUCCUUCGCAACGGCCGUCUGCCCAGACAAUUUCAUGUAACGAUGGCUCAGUCACGGAUGACGAACUCCAUAGCCUUCGCGAGUGCGCAGACUCGUCUGUCCUCGUCUGUGCAUCCCUAGCACACGAGGAAAACAAUACUUCAACUAGAGUUAUCGCGGCCGAGAGCACACAGAAGACAAGUCCAGCAUCGAACGAUACUCGAAACUCAUCUUUCAUUCAAAGUACAUUGACGAUAGUCGAGAGUCCCUCUCUGACUUCUACCAGACACGAGGAACUCUACGAUCAAGACGUAGCCAGGGACAAGCCUAGUCAAGUGACCCCUGCUUCGAAACUUGAAGAGGAUUGCAAGCGUCAAACUGUGGAGGACAGAGAAAACCAUUAUGAUCAAGGGGCAGAAAGCGAGGUGAAGCAAAAUCCCACAUCCUAUUCCCGUACUGUCAGUGUUGUCGAAGGAAACACGUCGAAGUCUGCGGUGUUGAACGAUGACAGGACGAUAAAUGAGGGCGCCAACGGUGCCGCAUUGUCACUGUCUAUCAAUCCUAGGUCAAAAAUGUCUCCCUCCGAACCGGGUGUUCCGCAGGACUCGAUGAUCAAUCGCAUCGAAUCUGAAUACGAACACCAGUCUUUGGACCUCGACACAGUUUCAAGGAAUUCCAUUCACAUAUCUAGCCAUGAUUCGACUGAGAGCAGUGAAGAGCACAUCCAAAGACAGUCAGCCCCAAAUUUAUCCCUCAGGAACGAGCAAUUUACUGAUGAUGAGCUCAACAGGGCUCGUGAAGAAGUAGACUCCUCUGUGCUGGUCCGGUCGUCCUUGAUACCUGCGGAGAACAUUGGAACACCAGCACCGGCCCCACACAGAGCUCUCGAUAAUACACGAAAGUCGAGUCUAGCAUACAAUGAUCUCGGGAACUCGUCUCCGACCGAAAGCACGUCCAGGAUGGGUCAGACUUCUUCCCCAGUAAUUGACCUGAAGGACGGAUCCUGUGGUCAAAUUGUAGGCACGGAACUACCUACUCACAGCUUCUCUCCCCCGAAUGCUUAUGUCGACGACAGAGUGCCUGUAUCAGCAGAUUAUAUGCGCCAGGAUCUAGAGGGCAGAGGAGACUAUCAUGCACGGGAGGUGGAGAGUGAGGUUACAUUCAAAUCGGAGUCUCAUUCCAGUGCCGUCGAGAGUGUCGGGCAGUUAGAGAGUGCCAUGGUAUUGAACGCUGGUGGCCGAUCAGAUAAGGACGCUAACAGUACCAUUUCAUCCCUGCCAUCAACUUACGCUGAGCGUAAGCUGUCUUCUUCUGAAUCGGGCCUCCCACAAGAUGCGGGAAUCAAUGCCAUUCAGUCUGCACACGAGUACCAGUCCUCAGAUAUCGACAUAGCUUCAGCGACUUCCGUGCAAACCUUGGCCCAUCGCGCGAUUGAGAACAGAGUCGAGAGUUCUCCGGUUACUAUACCAGAAGGACCUUGCUUUCAAUAUGUGGCGAUAGACGAACCUUGUCAACACUUAUCCACUCCGAAAAUUGACAGCACCGAACCAUCGGAGUGCGUGCACCAGGCUGUGGAGAGCAAAGGCGACCGUCAUGAACUGGAGACGGAAAGCAAGUUCAACCUCAGCUUGACAGCAGAUUCCCAUUCUGUCGGGAUUGUCGAGCGAUCCACGUCGAAGACUGUGGUAUCGAAAAUUCAUGGGCAAAUGAAUCAGAACACCAAUGUCCCUGCGUUUCCUUUGUCCCAAAUGACCAUGCUGUCUCCUUCUGACCCGGGUAUCCCACAGGAUGCGGAAGCCGAUCUUAUACAGUCUGAAUGCGAGCACCAGUCUUCCGCUGGGGUCGACGCAGCUUCAAUUGACCUUGUGCAGACUUCGAACUAUGAUUGCUCAAUCCAAGGGUACCGAUCAGCUCAGUCAUUCUCUAGUAACGAGCCUGGAGCAACCUUAUCUACCCACGUCUACCUGUCCCUGGAACAGAACAAUUCAAAUUUACCACCAUCCAUCGACAAAGCAGUUGAGAAUAUGCAGGAGUCGAGUUCGGUCAAUGGAAUUUCGAAAUCUUUGACAUCGACAACAUAUCAGGGUCAUUCUCUUGUCGCUAGCACGCAUGAAGAAUCUUGUGGCCAAGAUAUGACCAAGGACCAGCUUAAUCAAGGUUCAUCCUCCCCAAAAUAUGAGGCUGACGAAGAGGGUGUAACAGCAGAUCGCAUGCACCAGGCCAUCAUAGAGUUGAGAUGCGAGUCUCAGUCUUCAGAUGUCAACGAGGUGUCAAAGACUUUCGAAUCGGAGCACACCUGGAGUCAUCACUCGCCUGCGAACAGUGAAUGGCACAGCCAACGACAAGGAGACUAUCAUGCACGGGAGGUGGAGAGUGAGGUUACGCUCAAAUCGAAGUCUUAUUCCAGUGCUAUCGAGAGUGCCAUGGUAUUAAACGCUGGUGGUCGAUCAGAUGAGGACGCUAACAGCGAUAUCUCAUCCCUGUCAUCAACUUACACUGAGCGCAAGCUGUCUUUUUCCGAACCGGGUGUUCCACAGAAUGCGGGAAUCAAUUUCAUUCAGUCUGGACGAGAGCACCAGACCUCAGAGAUCAACGUAGCUUCAAAGACUUUCGUGCGAACCUCAAGUUAUCGUUCAAUUGAGAACAGAGAUCAGAGUUCUCUAGUCACUGUGCAAGAAGGACCCUGGUGCCAACCUCGUGAAUGUUUUUCCGCUCGGAAACUUGACAUCAACGAACUACCAGACUCUCCAAAACAUGAGGCUGAUGAAGAGGGUGUAACUGCUGAUCGCAUGCACCAGGCUAUCGUAGAGUCGAGAUGCGAGCGCCGGUCUUUAGAUGUCAACGAGGUUUCGAAGACCUUCGAAUCGGAACCCACCUGGAUUCAUCACUCGCUUGAGAGCGGUGAAUGGCACACCCAACAACAAGGUCGACAGCAAGUACAUUCAUCUGGUAUCGUCGGACCUCAAGUUGGGGAGAGCAACACAACUCCAUUAAAUAUCACAGUUAAGAAUACACAUACGUCAGGUACAACGCCUGACGAUCUUCGGAGCUCGCCUGUGCUUGAAGGCACAUCAGCGAUGGAGCAGACUCCUCCUGCAGGUGAUUCCUUACAAGGGGCUCCUGAUCGUGAUGUGACCAGGGUCCGAUAUAGUAGUCGAAGUUUAUCCAUCCCGAAAUUUGAGGACAACAAUGUCGACGCAUCAGCAGGUUAUAUGCGCCAGGUUUCGGUGACCAGAGGAGACUAUCAUGAACAGAGGAUGGACAGCGAGGUGGAGCAAAAUUUGGCGUAUCAUUUCUGCAGCGUCGGAAUGCCCGGACAAUCGAUGUCAGACACUGUGACAGGGAACAAUGAUAGGCGGAUGGAUAAGGACGCCGAAGACACUGCGUUUCCCCUGUCCUCGACUACUAUAAGGACCAAACUGUCAAUCGCUGAGCCAGACAUUCUACGGGAUGUGGCCACCUCUUCAAAGGUCAUCACGACCUUAACGAAUUCCAUGCAGACUUCGAGUUAUAGGUCGACUGUGAACAAUGAACACGUCUACCAACAGCCAGCCCGAACUUCCUCCUGGAGUAACGAGCCCCCCGUCAACCAAUCGCAAACAACUACCCCCGUCCACCUGUUCUCGGUACCUGGAGAAAACAAUCCAACUCCAGCACAGCUCUUCAGCGUAGCAUUAUCCAAGAACACGCAGCAACCGAGUUCAGCCUUUAAUAGUCCGGAUUCAUCUUUACCUGAAGGCGUGCCAACGACAGGUCAGACAUCUUCUCCGGCCACUUACGAAUGCGGGGAACCCUGCGGUCGAGAUGAGGCUAGAGACCUGCCUAGUCAAGGCUCCUCUACACCGAAACUCAGGGACGACAAAGAGGAUAUAUCGGCACACUGCACGUUCCAGGGUAUUGUCUCGAAUGAGGGCAACCAUCUUGCGCCAUGCGCUGAAGGAACCCUAGGUGCAAAAGCGGGAGAAGACCAUUGCCUGAAGGCAGGACCAACGGUCACAUCUGUGACUUGUGAUUCAAUCACUGUCCAAUGCUCAUCUCAGACGAAGAAUCAAGAGAAUACUUCAUGUGCUGCUGACACGAGACGUUGUGGUGCGCUGUGGAAUGCGUGUGAUACUUGCUCAAUACCGUCAGAUGACUGCGGGGCAUGUACAAACACGGCGCCUAAUGAUUGUCCCCCGGCCGAUGGACAGUUGACACAAACUGCUGCUAUCGAUUGCGCACAUGAAUGUCCUUCGACUAUGGACUCCUUACCAGUCGAAUCGUGCUGUCCUGAACCAAAGGGACCUCUUUCGUACGUGUCGUGCAUUUUGAGGCUUGAUAUUGUAAUAAACUUCGUGCAGAGAGCCCUGUGGUAA